AUGAAUCUUCUCGUUCGUGCUUCGAUUUGCAUGCACGCGGGUCGCGUAAAUGUGAUAGACCACCUCCUGAAAGUCGUCAGGACACGAAGCUGA